AUGCCUCGGAAGUUGUUUUUAUGGCACUAUUACACCGUCAAUUAUAUGUGUAGCGAAUCGAGGCAAUCAGUCAACCUUAUCGGUAGUCCGGCCAAAGGGCCAUCCAACGGAUAUAUAAAUGGGUUCAGGCCCUACGACAUCGAUUACCGCAAUCUACGUCCCAGCGAACAUGGAUAUAAAAUGGAACCGGCGAAAAAGCAGCCGUUCCAAGCCAAAGCAAGGGCCUUUCGAACUGCCAUUGAUGCAACACGACAGGACUAG